AUGGCCCCCCCAGCGGCUGACGUUGACCUGGUGUCCAACGUCCCUGCAUCUGCCACAGUAACGAAAGCUGAUACCACGAAUCGCCUCAAAGAGCCACUCGUUUACUCAGGAUCCCUCGACCAGUACAAGUCCUUCGACGUCACCAAGGUCAUUGGCAGGGAAUUCCCCGAGUUGCAACUCAGUGAUAUCCUGAACGACGACAACAAGAUCCGCGAUUUGGCCAUCACCGUGUCACAACGUGGCGUUGUCUUCUUCCGGAACCAGGACCUCAACAUUGAAGACCAAAAGAUACUCGGACAAAAACUCGGCGAACUCACUGGAAAGCCCGAGUCAUCCAAACUCCAUCGUCAUGCCCUCAGCAACAGCAAACGAGGCAUUGCCGUGGACGAAAACGGAAAGCUAGAUGACGAAGUCUCCGUCAUCUCUUCUGAACAAAACCGCAAAUUCUACAAGGAUCGUUUCACCGGCAACUCCAAGAGACUGGCGAGUGAAGGCUGGCAUGCAGACAUCACCUUCGAACGCAUCCCUUCCGAUUAUGCAAUUCUCAAAAUCAUCAAGAAACCCGAAGACGCUGGCGGUGACACGUUGUGGGCAUCCGGCUACGAGGCAUAUGACCGUCUAUCGCCGGAAUUCCAGAAACUGGCUGAAGGGUUGACUGCCACCCAUUACCAGCCAAACUUUGUCGAUGUCGCCAAAAAAUUCGGCGAGGAACUUAUUGAGCAAGACCGCGGAGCUCCAGAAAAUACCGGAAUUGACUUUACCGCCACUCAUCCCGUUGUCCGGACCAACCCUGUGACCGGAUGGAAGAGCCUGUUCGGCGCCGGCCACCAGAUCGAACGAGGCUGGAUCGAUAACGUGACUUUCCGAGAGAGCGAGAUUUUGAAAGCCUACUUCUUGCAACUGAUCACCGACAAUCAUGACCUGCAAGUCCGUUUCCGCUGGAACGAGAACGAUUUAGCCAUCUGGGAUAACCGCUCGGUCUUCCAUACUGCGACCAACGAUUACGAUGGCAAAAGACAGGGGAACCGUGUGGUCUCGCUUGGUGAAAAGCCUUAUUUCGACCCAAGGUCCGUUUCUCGUCGUCAGGCUCUGGGUGUCGCUUGA